AUGGGACCAUCACCAGCUCCCACUUAUUCCGAGCCACUGGUCCCACAGUCUCAGGCACAGGCAUCCCUUCCAGCUGAAGUGACAGUAGAGGAUGCGGAAGAAGGUGAAGACGCGGGUGGGAGUGGCACCCAAGCCCCUAAACCUUCAUCAAUGAAGAGAUAUAAGCAGACCGCUAAGAGGAUUGUCAAGCGUCCUCCCGCUUGCAAAAGUCCGUUUGUCGCCCAAUGUGUAAAACAAUUCCCAAAAAUACCUCAUGCAGAUCGGGUAGUAGCAGAUUAUGCUUUGGCUGAAAUGGGUGAUCCUAGUGAGAUUUUGUGCGACAUGUAUGGGAUGUACAUUAGACGGGAGGAACUUUCUUGUCUAAAUGCAGGGCGGUGGGUUAAUUCAAUGGUAGAUUGUUGCGAUUGUCUCUCGCAUGAUGAAUGGACAACAAGCACCACCACCUCGCGCACAUUUUUUGAGCCUUCGUUCUCGGUUGUUCUAAGCAACCUCAAAUCUAAUGCAACCACGCAAGUCAUCCUGGAAAGAUGCGCUAUGUAUCUGGAUCCUGACACAUUGGGCCAUGAUCUUAGUUCAUGUGACAUGAUGUUCAUCCCGGUUUGCGAGAAUAAUCACUGGCACGUGCAUGUUGUUAAUUUUGCAGCUGGAAGAGUUGAGAUACUUUCGUCAUUGCCCCUAAGGCGGGGCAACAACAUCAGUGCUGCAACACGACGAUUAUCAAUGGCACUCCACAAAGCACUGCAUGCAUAUAGAAUCCAUAUGGAUGUGGAUGUCUCAAGUUUUGUGCAUGUCCAACCACACCUUCUCCAACAGCUGAAUGGGUUCGACUGUGGUAUCCUUGCACUAAAGUUCAUGGAAUUUUGGAAUGGGGCGACCUUAACUACUUCAGUGGCAGUGGACAAGACGAACAUGUACAGACUCCAGCUAGUGCUGCAACUAGUGCUCAAUGAACGCAACAGUGUCAGAGAUACAAUUAUGGCCGCAUGUCAUUUGUGACUUCAUAGUU